UUCAUUUAACUUUUCGACUCUCAAUCUAAACACUCUCCAUCUCUUUUUAAAAGUACACGCAACAUCACACUUUUUAUUGAAUUAUAAAUAUUUUUAUUUAUUUAUUCCCGUGAUAUGGCAAUGUCAUUUUCGCAGCUCGGAGGAAUCGCCGGAGCUCCGAUCACCGCGGAGUCCGGCAGCAUCAUCUCCGGAGAGGCGUCCAAGGCGACGGUCUCCGCGUGGAAAUCUCCGGCGACGACGACGCUCCGGUGCGCUGUUCGUGCUCCCGGCGGCGAGACGGACAGGAUAUCGCCGUCGCCGCCGGUGAGCCCGGUGAUGCGCGGCGAUCUGUCGGCGGCGUGUAAGGCCUUCGAUGAAGCGGUGGUGGAGCAGGGGAGGUACGCGAGAGGCGGAGGUGCGCAGGAUAAGGGGAAGGGGGUGCCGGUUUACGUGAUGAUGCCGUUGGAUAGUGUGAACAUGGGGAAUGGAUUGAACAGGAGGAAGGCGAUGAGUGCGAGUUUACAGGCUUUGAAGAGUGCGGGAGUGGAGGGGAUAAUGAUGGAUGUGUGGUGGGGAUUGGUGGAGAGAGAUGAGCCUGGGGUGUAUAAUUGGGGUGGUUAUCAGGACUUGUUGGAAUUGGCUCAUAAGUUUGGCUUGAAAGUUCAGGCUGUCAUGUCGUUUCAUCAGUGUGGCGGAAAUGUCGGCGAUUCUUGCACGAUUCCUCUUCCUAAGUGGGUUGUAGAGGAGAUGGAGAAGGACCCCGACUUGGCUUACACGGAUCAAUGGGGCAGGAGGAAUUAUGAAUACCUUUCCCUUGGUUGUGAUACGCUCCCGGUCUUAAAGGGAAGAUCACCUGUGCAGUGUUACUCUGACUACAUGCGUGCAUUUAAAGAAAAAUUUAACCACCUCCUCGGUGACACUAUUGUUGAAAUUCAAGUAGGUAUGGGACCAGCAGGUGAACUUCGGUAUCCAUCAUAUCCCGAGCAAAAUGGAACAUGGAGAUUUCCUGGAAUAGGUGCUUUCCAGUGUUAUGACAAGUAUAUGAUCAGUAGCCUGAAAGCUGCUGCUGAAGGUAUUGGGAAGCCAGAAUGGGGGAACACUGGCCCUACAGAUGCUGGGAGCUAUAACAAUUGGCCGGAAGAUACCAACUUUUUCCGUAAAGAAGGUGGAGGUUGGGAUGGUGAUUAUGGCGAGUUCUUCCUUACCUGGUAUUCCCAGUUACUCUUGGACCAUGGGGAGAGGAUAUUGACGUCAGCCAAAUCGAUCUUUGAAAACACUGGUGUUAAAAUCUCCGUCAAGGUUGCUGGUAUCCACUGGCACUACGGUACCCGUUCUCAUGCUCCCGAGCUCACAGCAGGGUAUUAUAACACACGUUUCCGUGAUGGAUAUCUUCCCAUUGCCCAGAUGUUUGCCCGUCAUGGUGCUGUUUUCAAUUUCACCUGCAUUGAAAUGCGUGAUCACGAGCAGCCACAAGAUGCUCAAUGUGCACCAGAGAAGCUUGUUAGGCAAGUGGCUUUAGCCACUCGGGAGGCUCAGGUACCGCUGGCGGGGGAGAAUGCACUGCCACGAUAUGAUGAUUAUGCACACGAGCAGAUACUGAAUGCAGCAUCGCUAAACCUGGACGAUGACUCGGGAGCAGAGGAAAUGUGUGCAUUCACAUACCUGAGAAUGAAUCCGAAUCUCUUCCAGCCCGAUAACUGGAGACGUUUUGUCGCCUUUGUGAAGAAGAUGAAGGAAGGAAAAGACACAAACAAGUGCUGGGAACAGGUGGAGCGGGAGGCAGAGCAUUUUGUUCAUGUCACUCAGCCUCUGGUUCAAGAAGCUGCUGUUGCACUGAGCCACUAGAAGUACUGGCUGCUGUUGUAUCAUCUAUGAGUUAUGCAACUGUAUUGUAAUAAAGUGACUUGUAGUCCCCCCAAUGUAGUUGUGUAAUGUGUUGUAACAUUAAAAGAUAAUAAUAUAUUUACAUGUAGUAAACAGAAGUUCCACUUGUUCAAAUAAUCAGUGCUUUUUAUGUGA